AUGAAGAAGUCGGCCUCGGCCGGCGGCGGCGGAGGAUUAGCGGUGCUUCCUUUGAGGAAUGUUUUUUGGUUCAGCUGGAAGCUUUUAACCGGACUAUCAAUCGUGCUUUGCAUUCUAGCUUUCCUCAGACUCUAUAAUUAUGCUCAGACGUUUCCAUCAACGGCGUCGUCUGAGUCAGAAUUAUUAGAUUCCGGGCCUACGUUUCCGGUAUUGUCUUCUUCUUCCUCUCCUUUGCUUCACCAUAGAUCGAGAUUUGUGAAUAGCUACGCGGGGUUCAAAGGCAAUUCAAAGAUCGCUUUCUUAUUUCUUGCUCGGAAAAAUUUGCCCCUUGAUUUUCUCUGGGGAAGCUUUUUCGAGGACGCUGACGUGGCAAAUUUUUCAAUCUAUGUACAUUCUGAACCUGGGUUUGCAUUUGAUGAAUCAACCACUAAAUCAGCUUUCUUUUAUGAUCGUCAAUUAAGAAAUAGCAUUAAGGUAGCAUGGGGAGAGUCAAGCAUGAUUGAAGCUGAAAGGUUGCUGUUUGAAGCCGCUCUUCAGGAUCCAGCUAAUCAGAGAUUCAUUCUCUUAUCAGAAAGCUGUGUUCCACUGUACAACUUCAGUUAUGUCUAUAACUAUUUGCUGGCAUCACCAAAGAGCUUUGUAGACAGUUUUCUUGACAAAAAGGAAGGACGCUAUAACGAACAAAUGGCGCCAGUGAUACCCAAGAAGAAAUGGCGUAAAGGAUCGCAGUGGAUCACUUUAGUCCGAAAGCAUGCUGAAGUUAUUGUCGAUGAUGACAUCAUUUUUCCUGUCUUUCAGAAGUUCUGCAAGAGACGACCUCUUUUGGAUCCCAGUAAGGGGAAGCAGAAUCUUAAGCUUCAGAAACAGCAUAACUGUAUUCCAGAUGAGCAUUAUGUUCAGACAUUACUUGCUAUGAAGGAUCUUGAAGAUGAAAUCGAGAGAAGACCAGUGACCUACACCUUGUGGAACCAAUCCAAAAGUAAGAUGGAAAUGUCGGGCUGGCAUCCUAUCACAUUCAGUUAUGCAGAUGCUGGGCCUCAACAAAUCAAAAGAAUAAAGGGUAUUAACCAUGUAUACUACGAAACAGAAUUCAGAACAGAAUGGUGCAAAGUUAAUUCUACAUCAGUCCCUUGUUUUCUGUUUGCUAGGAAGUUCUCUGAAGGAGCUGCGAUGCGCCUUUUAAUUGAAGGGGUGGUUAGCAAACUUAAUACCACCAAAUUGCUGGAGUAA